AUGGACAGCCUACUGGCAUCACUCCAAGAUGCCCUAGAGGGUCAGAUCGACUUCCAUGGGCAACGCCUGACACAGCUUCUCAGCAACGUCCUAUUGAUCAUCUCUGGGGUCAUUAGCUUCAUCGUCGGCUUCAUUUAUGAAGACAUUCACCUCACUCUUUGGGUCGGCCUCGGAGGAACCCUUCUUACUGCACUUGUGGUUGUGCCUCCGUGGCCCUUUUAUAAUCAAAACCCGGCAACUUGGUUGGGAUCUAGUGGGAAAAUAUCAGGAGGCCCACAAGUGAUGGUUGAUGGGAUCAAGGUCGCUUAG